GGAUGUACCCUGCUGAUGCGCAUGCGCAGAGCGUGAGGCGGAAGCUGUUGUCAGUCAUUCCUCCUUCACGUACCGUUGGACCUCUUCAGUUUCUGUCGCUGCACCGGCGGAAUCUGCACAUUAAACCCUGUUAAUGUGACUCACCAGGACACAGUAUCCUCUUCCCGUGCAACUGAACUUGAAGCCUACACAAUAUUAUCGCGUGAGCAUCAUGUGGAGGAAGGCUUCAGCGGCCGCCCUGCUGGCGUUGGCUGUCGGGUAUUUCUACCACGGCGGCUCGGAGCUGCCGGAGCAGAUCCUGCAGUACAUCGGCCUGCCGAACUUCCAGACCCCCCCGGAGAGCCAGAAGAGCCUGGAGCAGGUGGUCUCCUCCGCCUGGGAGACGCUGAUCACUCUGCCCACCCGGCAGUGGAGCAGAGUGGCUGUAGGGGUGAAUGCCUGUGUGGAUGUGGUGGUCUCCGGCGUGGGGCUGCUGCAGGCUCUGGCUGUGGACCCCGGCUCCGGCCUGAAUCACGAGGUGUUGCACUCCAAAGAGGACCUGAAGGAAGCCUUCAUCCAUUACAUGGAGCGCGGAGCUGCAGCCGAGCGCUUCUUCAGCGACAGCGAGGUGUUUCAGAGGAUCGCACGAGCAGCGGCAGAGUACCCCGGGGCCAAGCUGUACGUGGGAGGGAACGCUGCCCUCAUUGCUCAGAAGCUCGCCACAUACCCUGACCUCGUGGUUUUGUUAUGUGGGCCGAUUGGUCCUAAACUUCACGAGAUGCUGGACGAGCAGAUAAUGGUUCCCCCGGGUUCCAUACAGGAGACGGAUGAGUAUCACCUCAUCCUGGAGUAUAAAGCAGGUGAACAGUGGGGUUCGACACAGGCACCUCAAGCCAACCGCUUCAUCUUCUCUCACGAUGUGUCCAACGGGGAGAUGAGCUCCCUGGAGACGUUCGUGGAGAGUCUGGAGGAGUUUGAUCCGGAGCUGGUGGUGCUGUCGGGGCUGCACAUGAUGGAGGGGCAGGGCCGGGAGCUGUGGGAGGAUAGACUGAAGGAGGCUGUGUUAGCCAUAUCUGAGAUCCCCAGAGAUAUUCCCAUCCACCUGGAGCUGGCCAGCAUGACGGACAAAGACUACAUGAACAGCAUCAUGCAGGAGCAGGUUAUGCCCAUUGUCAGCUCCAUCGGGCUGAACGAGCAGGAGCUGCUCUUCCUCUCUCAGGCUGGAGAGGGGCCUCAUGCUGAGAUGGUAGCCUGGAAAGGGAUCCCAGACGUGGGACGGGUCAGCGACAUCCUCCUGUGGAUCCUGGAGCAGCACGGCCGCAUCGAACCAUCCUCCGAGGCGGACCUGACUCGCGUUCACUUCCACACGCUGGCCUACCACAUCCUGGCCACGGUGGACGGGUACUGGGGGAACCAGGCGUCCGCGGUGAUGGCCGGAGCGCGGGUCGCCAGCAGUCAGGCGUGUGGCCUCCAGGCUGUGGACCCCAGCAAGGUGGAGCUGAAAGCCCCGCUGGAGUUUUACAGCUCACACGCUGAGCCCCGAGAGCAGCUGUCCCUGAUCCCAGAGCAGCCGGUCACCGUGUGGCGGAGAGGGAACGUCACCUUCCACCUGACGGCCGUGCUGGUGUGCCGACAGCCUCUGAGGACAGUCGGGCUCGGGGACGCCAUCUCAGCAGAGGGACUCGUUUACUCCGAGUUCGAGGCCCAGCAGCCCUUCUGAGGUUUGCUUCAAUCUGACACUCCUUGAAGUCUGAGAUUGUUAGGUCGGAGUUUCUAAGGUUGUUCAGGCUUCUGUUUCCUGAACCAGUGUCUUCCCCUCUGGAUCUCCACUGAGUUUAAGGAUGUGAUCGAUGGUGAUAGAUUUCAAUCCUGCCUGAUGACUCCUCCAGCCAGCUCUCCUCUGUUCCUCCUCCUCCAAUCCUCCUGCAGACACAGAAAGUGAGGCGGCGCUUCACAGAAGUGUCUGGGCUGCGAGGCGACCUGACUCUAUGCAUCGGCCGCGACUCAAAGCCAUGUUCACAAACUCCAAAGAGUUCUGUUGGCUCACCUAAUUUACUCUGACCUGCAUAUCUUAGGUAUGCUGUGCCUUUAGAAAAAUAUGAGUUUAAGAAGUUCUAAUAAUACCGUAUUCAUAUUUCAGAGCCACUUCAUACUUAGCAUCACAUCAGCUGACAUAUUAUAACUCACACAUAUAAAUAAUUCUGUUUGACUGGAAACUGAUGAGCGUCUUAGUAUAUUGUAGAAUCUAGGUGGAAAUCUUGAUGUUCUGUGUUUCUUCAACUCAAUGGGUGACUUACUUACGUGUAAUUAAUGUUUAGACUGUUAAGACAUACUUGACCUUUUUGUUAUUUGUCACUAAAAGAUAAAUACUAGUCUUCUCAGUUGUUUAAGAUGUUAAAGUUUCUCAACUCUGCAUAGUAACAGUUAUUAUAAUCUCUGUUGCUUUAACACUCCUGAUGCAUUGUCUGUAUAUGAUCAAAUAAGGAGAUUCUACACUAUAAAAUGCAAGUGUGGUUUUGAAGGGGAUCCUUCUUUAUGCAGUAAAGCUCAGUUUACAAUGAGAUGCACCGGAUGAUUAAUUGAAAAGGUUCUGAUGGCGAUAAAACACAGAUGAUGGUGAAAUUAAAUUCCAAAAUGAGCUGUACACCAUUAUGUUAUCCUGGUUACUGUACUUCUUUGUAUAUUUUUUUACUGUUUUUUUUGUACAUGGUCAUUCUGUCAGUUGUUACCUUCUCUCACUUGUAAAAUGUAACUGUAACACGAUUGGCUGGAAAAUCUUACUGUUACAUACAGCAAGAAGAGCUUCUGGCCUAUCGGUACAUUAUGCUGUUUCAUGGGUUGUUUGGUUGUUUUUUUUAGCUUACUUGGGAGCGCCUGCUUCAUGUUAGUAUACAUUGCAUAGCCGUAAGAACAAUGUAUUUGUAUACCUCACAUGGCCGCUGAAGGCAUGCAAUAAUGGAGUCUUAAUGCAAACGUACAGCAACAAGAAGAAGGGCGGUUUUUUGUUGAACAGAGUUGAUUAUUUGCACUAGUACGAAGGGGCAGGAGUGCUUGCAGAGGUGAAUGUAACCUGUACUCUGAACCCCAGCCCCUUUAUUUUUAGCAAGUACAAUCUUUUCAUCUUAACUAAUUUCAUAAUUUGUGUCUCAUGUUUUAACAAUUGUAACUGUCAUCAUGUUUCAUUUCCAUGUAGUUUGUCAUUAAAAUAUAUAUGGAGAGGCC